CGGAACUGACCUUUAUCAGACAGGCGAUGGUGGUCUAUGGCACUUUAAUCGGCUAUCUUAUCACCUGCCUUAUAUUGGCAUCAGGUAAAGCUCUAUUCCUGGAACUCCCCAAUGCGUAUCCUGUUCAAGUGGCGGAAAAUGUGUUUUCCAGGUCAUGUGGGUGGAACGGUUGUGGACAAGCGCCUCGAUAUCCUCUUCUCGAUCGGCGGCUUUGUGCUGUUCGUGGCCUCGGGCACCAUUAUCCUGGACCAGUGGCUGGGACACUGCACGUCGCAGGAGGAGAAGGAAGUGCUCCUGGUCGUCGGAAUCUUGAGUCUGACCAACGGGGCCAUCUUCGUGGGCGAUAUGUUCGUUGUGUUGGGCUCUUGAAAUAGUUGCUUACACUCAAAUUGUUUAUAAUAUAAAGUAUUUUUUUUUAUAUUUUGUAAAAUGAAAAUGAAUUUAUGAAAUAUAGAGAGUUUAUAGACAAGAUACGAAGAGAAAAGGUAGUAUAAAAAGCCAUGGUUUAUAUUGUUUCUAAUUAAAGUCCCUUUUUUAUAGUUAAAUACAUAGUUAUUGUGCUAAUAAAUUUUGGAUUGUAAACUAAUAUAAAAAUGUGUUAUAAGAAUGCCUUUCUAAGUAUGGUGAAUUUGUAUUAAUAUAUAAAAAAAUCACCCAUGUAUAUGGAUAGUUCUAAUAUUGGCAUCAUCUUAAGCCCUCGCAACUAGUACUAUAAGAUCCAUUGUUAGUUUUAGUUUUGUAAACAGCUCUAACAUCCCGUAAACAGAAUAUUAAUAUAUUUAUUAUAAUAAACCCCGCUAAUGAUAUCCCAUAUAUCAUUUUUCACC